CCGAUGAAACCUCUUCACACGUUGUUUUCAUCUCUGAUAAUUUCUUUCCAAGGAGAUCAAGCCAUGGGUGUUCAGCUUAUUGUGGCCCUCAUAUGUGCUCUUGUGAUACCGAUGUUACUAGUCUUUUUGAUUGACACGAAAAAGAACACACGAGCAUCUAGGAAUCUCCCUCCCGGUCCUAGGAAGUUGCCGAUCAUUGGAAAUUUACACCAGCUUGGCUCCCCGCCUCACCAAUCGCUCACACGUCUCUCGAAACAGUAUGGCGAGAUCAUGUUACUCCAACUCGGCGUUGUUCCCACAUUAGUCAUCUCGUCUGAAGAUGUCGCUAGAGAAGUAUUCAAGGUCCACGACAUUGCUUUCUCCGGCAGACCUCCCUUUUAUGCAGCAAAGUUGUUAGCAUACAAUCUUUCUGAUGUAACAUUCAGCGCCUAUGGUGAUUCCUGGAGAGAGCUCAGGAAAUUAUUGAUCCUAGAACUCCUGAGCAGUAAGAGAGUCCAUUUGUUUGAAUACGUGAGGAAGGAAGAGGUUACGCUCAUGCUCGAUGCAAUCACUUCUUCUCCAGGUGCUGUCAAUAUUGGUGAACUCGCGCUUCUAUUGAAUAACAACCUUGUGUGCCGAGUGACUUUUGGUAGCAAAUGCCAGGCUAUAGGAGGCGGAGUAAAGAGUGAAUUUCACGAGACAAUCCGCGAUAUACAGACGCUUUUAGGUGGCCUUUGUGUUGCAGAUCUAUUCCCACAGAUGGCUUGGUUUAACAGGCUCAAUGGCUUCAAGGCGAAGGUGGAAAAGUACUUCUGGGAGCUAGACAAGUUGUACGAUGACGUGAUCAAGGAGCACCAAGACCCUAAAAGGCCUAAACCCGAUCAUGAAGAUCUUGUUGACGUGAUGCUUCGGUUACAAAGGGAUCCAAAUCAAGCGAUUGCCCUCACUAGGGAACAAAUUAAAGGAGUAAUAACUAACCUGUUCAAUGCAGGAUCAGAAACCGCUGCGGCCACUAUACUCUGGACAAUGGCAGAACUCAUCCGCAAUCCAACUAUUAUGAGAAAAGCACAAGAAGAGGUUCGAGAAGCAGCAAAAGGAAAGUUACUGGUUGAAGAGAUUGACCUUCCAGGACUCACCUAUCUAAGAUCAGUCAUCAAAGAGUCAUUAAGACUCCAUCCACCGCUCCCUCUUCUAGUUCCAAGAGAGACAAUCGAGGAUUGCAAGAUAAGGGGAUACAACGUUCCUAGAGGAACUACUGCAUUCAUCAAUCUGACAGCAAUCGCCAGAGACCCAAAAUCUUGGGAAAACCCAGAGGAGUUUAGGCCCGAGAGGUUCCUGAACAACUCCAUCGAUUAUAAGGGACAAAACUAUGGGUUUCUGCCAUUUGGUUCUGGCAGGCGAGGAUGCCCUGGCAUAAACUUUGGUGUUGCGAUCGUUGAGCUUGCACUGGCAAAUCUCCUUCAUCGGUUCAAUUGGAAACUACCUGAUGGGAAGAGUGUCGAUGAUAUGGACAUGGAAGAAUCUUAUGGCCUUUCGGUUCAGAAGAGGAAUCCUCUUUGCCUGAUAGCAACCCCCGUGACUGGUUGACGUUGUGUUCCAAUGAUACCAACAGAAAAGUUUGCUUGAUUUGCUCCGUAAUAAUGCAGACUUUCUUCUGUCUUAGCAUGUUGAUUGUCUUGUAUGCCUACUACAAGUUUUUCGGUUUCACUUUGUGGGAAUUGCUGUUCCUAGAUCUUGUAACCUGAAUUAUUCAAAAACUUUUGAACAGCAAAGAUCUUAAUAAGAAAUGGAUGCUUUCUUUCUUUGCGUGAUA